GGAACCAAAGCAGAUCAAAGACCCACACCGCGUCUCAAUUGACAAGUUCUUGUUUAACAAUCAACUAUUGUCUUAACUAAAAUAUGGCAGCAAUAACUGAAAUUUUGCCCCAAGAGUACGGGUAUGUUGUACUCGCAGUGCUGUUCAGUUGGGUUGUCGUCAAUUGGAUGGGCUUCAAAGUCGGCGGUGCUCGCAAGAAGUACAGCGUGAAGUAUCCGGACAUGUACAGUGAUAAGGAUCCAAUCUUUAACUGCAUCCAAAGAGCUCAUCAAAAUACAUUGGAAGUUUUGCAGUUCUUCCUUGUCUUAUUGCUCCUUGGUGGUCUUCAACAUCCACGUAUCUCGGCCAUUUGUGGAGUUGUUUGGGUCGUCAGUCGCAUCUCGUAUGCACUGGGUUACUACACUGGAGAUCCAGCAAAGCGUUUGAAUGGAGCCUAUGGGUAUUUUGCACUCUUCACUCUGAUUGGCUGCAACAUUUCCUUAGCUCUACACCUCCUCAACGUUGUGUAGAUCUUAAAGACCUUUCCCAGGAAGCCAAAUAAUCAUCACACCUACUGGGCUAGCCAACAGAUUAAUUUGUUUUUUCGACUAGUUAAACCCACCUAAUUCCUGAUCAUUCAAGAUCAUCCACUAUGGUUUUGAAUGAAAGAUAAACUAUGCUUGCCUCCUAUUUGGCAGCAGUAUGGUAAAUGCAUCUCAACAAAACACACCAAGUGCUACCAUUCAUAAACCGUGCGGUUCAACGUUUUUUAUAAACUGGUGGUCACUGGAAAUGGCAUAAAGAGUAGGAGGGUUAAUCAGUUGUAUUCAGUGCCCAAUUUCAUCACUAUACAUUGUUCUGCUAAGCAGAAAUAAG